AUGUCAGUCUUCUGCGUGAAACUGCUUGGAAUGUACCAUCAAAAACAAUCUCAAAUGCGACGUGUUCAUUCACUGCAACCAGAGCUAAGUGGUUGUCGUACCGAAAGUCGGGGUUCGAAGCUCGGUUCUGGUGAAGUGGUAGCCGUUUCUCAGGCUCCCUCUCCGGAGUCGAACCCUUAUUCUCCGUUACCCGUUACAACCAUGGUAGGCACAUAA